CAAGUAGCGAUGCUAAUUAAGCAAAUUACCUAACUAGUAACCCAAACUAUUGAAACUCUUCAUCUAUUCUUUCUUGACGAUCGCCAGAAUAUUUCAAGCUCAUUGCCUACAAUUCAUGCACCCACUUGACUAGAAGGGGGACACAUUUCGGUCGGUUGCAGAACAACAAGAGAAUAAGAUGAGCGCUGGUGGUUCAUUUGGUGGGUCAAGAGGUGCAAGACCAGUUCCUCCGGAAAAAGGAGUAUUUCCUUUGGAUCAUGAUCAUGAAUGCGACGUGGAGAAAAAAGAGUAUCUUAAUUGUCUAAAAGUUGCAGGCCAUAACUCAGGAAAAUGUAGAGAGUUUUCAAAGAAAUAUUUGCAAUGCCGCAUGGAGAAGAACCUAAUGGCAAAGCAAGAAUUGUCUGAGCUUGGGUUUCGCAAAGAACAAGAAACAGAAAAUUCUGAAGGAAAGGAGAACGGCAAAUAGAUCUGUACUUGAGACUCAUUGUUGCCAAUUUUGAGGAUCCAUGUUGGCAGUCAAGUGAUGUGGAAACCAAUCCUUGGAAGUUCAGAAAUUUACUAUGACCAAUCACUGGUGUAUUUUUGCUCUAUUACAUAAGCUGGGCUAUUGUUGAACCCCUCUGAGAUUGUUUAGUUAGAUCGAUGCUCCUAGAAUUUGAUUUAGAAGGCCAAAACAAGACCAUGUAAUGUAACCUCUUGCCAAAAUAAUGGAUUUUAUUUCUAUUGUUGGGAUACAUCCAACAUAACAAUUUACUCGA